AUGGAUAAAAGACAAUCAGAAUGCAUGUGCAGUGUAUACACAAAAAUGGCGAGUUUUAAAACCGCGUUAGGAGCUCAAGAACUAACUGACAAAAAAGCCGGCCUAUGGAGAGCUUUGCUAGCCGAAUUCUUCGGAACAAUGCUCCUGAAUUUCUUCGGAUGUGGAGCAGUGAAUACCCAAAAUGUUGUAGCGAUUGCUUUGGCGUUUGGAUUAACCGUCGCCGGAGCUGUUCAAGGAAUUGGACAUGUUUCUGGUGCCGGGUCAGCGAUGAUCCGAGCUCUAUCUCCAGAAACGAUGGAAGCAUUCUUGGGAUUAGUGAGCUUAGCUCCUGGAGUGACUCCCGUCCAAGGUCUAGGGGUCGAAUUCUUCCUGGCAUUGAUCCUGGUGAUCGUCGUCUGCGGAGCUUGCGACGGCGCAAAGCCGGAGAGCAAAGGAAUCGCGCCUCUGAUAAUCGGGCUGGCCGUCACUGUAGGACAUAUUGUCGGAGUCCCAAGAACUGGGGCUGGAAUGAACCCUGCUAGAUCUUUGGGCAGCUCCGUUGUAAUGGGCAGCUUUGAUAAUCACUGGCUCUACUGGGUAGGACCUAUCCUCGGAGGAAUCGCUGGAGGGCUUAUUUACACCCACGCAAUUGGUCCGGCUAACGAACCUGAACUUCCGAAAAAUUAUUCUUCGGUUGCUACUGAAGAAAAAGAGCUUCACAGACUAACUACCAGGAAGGGAACACCUGCUUGA